AUGAACCAAAUUUAAUUAGGAGAUGUUAUUGACAAUCAAUAUGAAAUAAUAAAAAAAAUAUCAUAAGGUUCAUUUGGAAUAGUAUAUUUUGGAAAAUGUAUGAAGAGAAAAAAAAAUGUUGCAAUAAAAGUAGAAAAGCAAGAAAUGGCAAGUUAUAGUAGUUUAAAUAGAGAAGUAUUAUAAUAUGUGAAAUUAGAUUGAAAUAUUGACACUUCUCUAAGGAGUUUCAUAGAUUCCUGAAUUGUAUUGGUAUGGUCAAUUUAAGAAAUGCAACGUUAUGAUAACCUAAUUGUUAGGACAUGAUUUGAGAUAUUUUUAAAAGCGAUACUAAAAGUUUUCAACAUAAUGUGUAUACAAUAUUGCUUAUCAAUCUCUAUGGAUUCUGGAACAAAUUCAUAAAAGGUUUUAUAAAUAAUUUAUAAGUAGAAAUAUAAUACAUCGAGAUCUGAAACCAGAAAAUAUUUUAAGUAAAUCUGAUGCUGACAAGAUUUAUCUAAUUGAUUUUGGAAUAUCACGAAAUAUUAAUCAAAAAACCAAUAAGAAAAAAAAGAUAUCUUUUAUUGGUACAAGUCGAUAUGCAAGUUUAGCUGCUCAUUAAGGUAUAGAAUAAACAGCCAAGGAUGAUUUGGAAUCCUUAGGUUAUUUAAUAAUAUACUUAAUAAAAUAACGCUUGCCAUGGAUGAAUAUCGAAUAAAAUGAUAAUUAGAGGCUUGAGAAAAUAGGAAAAUUAAAAUAAGAAAUAAAAAUAGAAGAAUUAUGUUCAGAAUGUCCAAAUUCUAUUUUAAAGUAUUUGUGAAAUUAAAAUUAGAUAUAUGAAUUAUGUGAAAUAAUUGACUACAGAAUAAAGGCCCUAAUAUGCUAUGCUAAGAGGAUUAUUCUUAACAAAAUUACAUAACUUUCCAGAUUAAGGAUUAGAUUGGACUUAUCAAAAUAGUAGAUCCCAUAAGAAUAAAGGUAAUAAAAGAGCAAAAAGCACAUAAAAUUCGAAUUAUUAAAGUUGCGGUACAAUAAGAAGGUAAAUAAAGUAAAAAUAGAAUUUAGAAAUUUUUAAGUAGAUAAUUUAUUACCUAAAAAUGUUAAAACAGUUUGUGUUUAAGAUGAAUUAGUGGGAUCUUGUUAUAAUGAGAGUAGCGGAUUAUAAUUUAGUGUAAUAACCAAUUAAAGAAGUAUUAUGAGUAUAGGAGUGGGGUUUUCAAUAAGUGAAAUUCAUGAAGGUUUAGGAAUUCAGCAGAAUCAUAAUUAAAUAGCAAGAAUAUCAACAUUUGAAAGUAUUAUUGAACAUGAUCCAGUUAUGAUAAAGGCUGAACAAUAAUUAAUGGAAAGGGAGAAUUAAGAUCUGGAAAUAAAAUAUAAUUUACUACAUUUCAAAUCAGUUUACUUUAACUUCAAAAAUCCAAUCUAACAGUAGAGUUUACGAUAAAAAUAAAUCCAUAAGUGACAUUAACAUAG